AUGUCUGUUAUGGACUAUGAGGUUGAGUUCAUCCAAUUGAGUCACUAUGCUGCUGGACUCGUUGAUACCGAGUUGGACUGGUGCUUGAGGUUUGAGAAUAGACUCAAGUAUAAGAUCAAAAGUCGAGUUGCUACCCAUAGGGAGAGGAAUUUUGAUGCCUUGGUUAAGAUAGCCAAGAUUACUGAGGAAAUAGAACGAUUGGGUAUGGAGCGCAGGAGAGAUAGAGACCGAGACCGAUUCAAGAGGCCUUCUGUUGACUCUUCUGCAUGCCCCAUCAAGAGAGGUAGGGGUGAGUCUUCUCAGAGAGGAUGUGCGAGUGCCAGGCCUAUAGUAUCAGGUUUGUCAGCUAUAGCACCUCCUAGUCAGAGUGGUUCUUCUGGAUUGCAACCUUUACUGACAUGUGUACACUGUAGGAGAUGUCAUUUUGGUGAGUGCAGGAAGAAAUUGGGUACCUGUUUUAGAUGUGGUUAUGGUGACCAUUUCAUAAAAGAUUAUCCAGAGCCAGCUCCUUCAGUUCAGACACCAGCUUGUACUCCCACUCGUACUCAGAGUACCGUUAGAACUCCAACAGGGAGAAAUAUUCCUUACUUUGCAUUAUAUGAUAAUGGUUCUACCCAUUCCUAUAUAUCAUAUUCCGGUUUUGAGUGUUUGAAUAUUCCUGUUGAUAAUACUGAGAAUUCGGUGACAGUUCAAAGUCAUGUAGGUCAGUCCAUAGAGUUAGAUCGUAUUUUUAGAGGGUGUCCUAUAGAGAUCCAUGGGGAGAUCUUUAUGGCCGACCUCAUGGAGUUACCUUUAGAGGAGUUUGAUUUGAUUCUUUCCAUGGAUUGGUUGAAAAAGCAUCGAGUUAAUCUCGAUUAUGAGACCAAGAGAACAGUUCUAAAGACUUUGAAUAACUGA